AUGUCCCAAAAAGCGACAACCCUCUUUGACCGCGUCCUAACCGGCUCCCAAUCCUACCGCGCGCGAACAUGCGAGCAGCAACCCGACUUCUUCAAGACCCUCGCAGCCGGACAGAAACCCGAGCUCCUAUGGAUCGGCUGCGCUGACAGCCGGGUGCCCGAAACCACCGUCUGCGACUGCAAGCCCGGCGACAUCUUCGUCCACCGCAACAUCGCCAACGUCGUUUCUCCCAACGACCUCAGCGCAAACAGCGUCCUCGACUACUCCGUCGGCGUCCUGAAGGUCAAUGGGAUUGUGGUAUGCGGGCACACUAAAUGCGGAGGUGCUGCGGCUUCCUUGGGCGACGAGGAUCUUGGGGAGACUCUCAAUACUUGGCUCGCGCCCGUCAGGGAGAUGCGCAAGAAGCAUCAGGAGGAGCUUGACCAGCUUGCGUCGGAUGAUGAGAGAGCUGCCCGGUUGGCGGGCCUCAAUGUUCAGCGGUCUCUUGAGACCCUGCGCCAGAACAAGACAGUCAUCAAAGCCAUGGAAGAGCGGGAUCUCAAGCUUUAUGGCGUCAUUUAUGACCUCGCCGACGGGGAGUUGAGGGUGCUGGAACGGGAGUGA